CUUGCUCCAACCGUACCACCUUCAGCAGCAGCAAUGAGGAUCCUGGUGUGCGUGUUCCUGUUCGGACUGGCUCUGGCUGAGGAGAAGCAGGUAGAGAAACGGGGAGUGAUUGGCUCCCUGGGUAGCUAUGGUGGAGGCGCUUCUAUUGGCGGGGGAUACGGGGGCGGCUACGGGGGCGGCUUUGGUGGCGGUUAUGGAGGCGGCUAUGGUGGUGGCUAUGGAGGUGGCAUCAGCUCUGCAGUGGGAGGAGGUCAAGUGACCAACAUCGCCAUCACCAAGCAGGUCCCCAUCCCAUACCCAGUACCAGUGCAGCGUACUGUCCCAGUACCAGUCAGGGUUCCUGUCACGGUGCCAGUCAACAGGCCGGUACCAGUGCCUGUCCCACAGCCGUACCCUGUCCCCGUGCAGAGGCCAGUCCCAGUACCCGUGAGUGUCCCUAGCCCAGUCCCUGUACCAGUACCACAGCCCGUCGUCGUCAACCAGCCGGUACCUGUCGUCGUGGGAGGUGGAGCUGGUGUUGGUGGCGGUUUCGCUGGCGGCUACGGUGGAGCCAUUGUUGGAGGCUACGGUGGAGGCUACGGAGGAGCCAUCAGUGGUGGCUACAGCAGUGGUUACAGUGGUGGCUACGGCGGUGGCUAUGGAGGUGGCUACUCUGGAGGCAUCGCUGGAGGCUAUGGAGGCUACGGGAAAUACAGCCACUAACAUCAGCAGCUGAAUCCAACAUCUCAGACAAAACAUGCCACCAGAGAUUCAUUGUGUAGUUUUUACAGCCAUAUGUAACUGUAGCAUGAAAUAAAAAGAAUGUAUGAGAUACGCA